AUGGCGAUUAUAGGCCACAAGGAAGAGCUCGGAGACCCCCGGGUCUCCAAUAUUGCGCGCGAAGAUAGCAAAAAGUGGUAUCAAAAACCCAACCUGCGAUCCCUCUAUCUCAUCCUGGUCCCGUGCGGGCUCGGCGUCGAGUGGACAUCCGGAUUCGACUCGUCCAUGAUGAACUCUUUGCAAGCCGUGCCAUCGUGGGUUGAGUACUUUGGCAACCCAACCAGUGACAGACUUGGACUGCUAAACGCCAUGUAUUCUUUGGGCGGUCUCAUGGCCGUCCCCUUUGUCCCCAGCACUUCGCAGCUGCUCGGCAGACGCUGGACGAUUGCCCUGGGCUCUCUAAUCAUGUUUCUCGGGGCCGGGCUACAGGCGGGAGCGCGCAACCAAGACAUGUUUCUGGCGUCGCGCUGGGUGCUGGGAUUCGGCAUCCCCUUUGCCAUAGUCAAUGCCUCGUCGCUGAUAGGGGAGCUGUCGUACGAGCGCGAGCGGCCCGUCAUGACGUCGCUCUUCAACGCGUCGUGGUUCGUGGGCGCCAUCGUGGCGGCCGGCACCACGUACGGCACCUUCCAGAUGGACAGCACCUGGUCGUGGCGGCUGCCGUCGCUGCUGCAGCUCGUGCCCAGCAUGUGUCAGGUGUGCUUCCUGCCCUUUUGCCCCGAGAGCCCGCGCUGGCUCGUCUCGCGCGACCGCGCCGACGAAGCGUUUGCCGUGCUGUCCAAGUAUCACAGCGAAGGCGACAAUGGCGAAGAGUUUGUGCGCCUCGAGUUUGCGCAGAUUCAGAGCACUUUGGCCCUGGAAAAGGAGACUACCAAGGCCUUUAUUUGGGCCAAUGUCUUCCGCGAUGCUCCCAUGCGGCGACGGUUCUUGCUUGCCGUAACAAUUGGCUUCUUUGCCCAAUGGAGUGGCAACGGUCUCUUGUCUUUCUACAUGAAGAAGAUCUUGAACCUAGUGGGAAUCAAGGAUAACUUGACGGUACAAAAGAUCAUCUUGAGUAAGAGCUGUUGGGAUCUCAUUGUCGGUGUACCGAUCGCCAUUACGGUGCCACGCAUCAGGCGCCGAGUCGCGUUUUUGACGUGUACUAUUGGAACUGCGGUUGUUUAUACUGUGUGGACAAUUGCUUCGGCUCGCUACGCCAUACAUAAUACAGCCUCAGCCGGUAUCGCUGUGCUGGUCUUCAUCUUUGUCUACUCGCCCUUCUACAAUAUUGGCUGGAAUGCCCUGGCCUAUACAUACCUUGUAGAGAUAUUCCCAUACAGCCAGCGAUCUCAAGGCAUCGCCGUGGAGCAGCUCGCUGUCCGUAUUGCCGUCUUCUUCAACACCUACGUGAAUCCAAUUGCGCUCGAUGCGAUUGGUUGGCGCUACUAUAUCGUCUAUUGUGUGUGGAUCCUCUUUGAGAUUGCCACUGUCUACUUUCUCUUUCCGGAAACAAAGGGCCGGUCACUCGAAGAAUUGGCAUUCAUGUUUGAAGGAAAGGAGGUGCAGGCAAAGCAGAAUCAAGGAGUUGAUAAGCAGCUGGAACUCGCACCAGCCAUUGGAUUGGAUUCAAUUGAUCAUCGCGAGUCUGGUCCUGGUGAGAGUGGGACCCGGAGCAGAGUUUGA